CAAAAUCCCCCACAUCGGCAACAACGAAAAAAGAAAAGUAAGGGGUGUUUGCCACCACAUUAUUCUGGUCAGAACUUUCUAGGAAGCAACUUUGAUUGAAAAAAAGAAUCCAAUAGAGAGAGAUGGAGGAAGAAAAGGCUGUACCUCAUUACUGGGGAGAAACUCCAGAAGAAGAGUAUUACAAAGCACAGGGAAUCAAAUCAAGCAACUUCUACUACAAAGCAGGCAGUGGGCUAACCCUAUUCACCAAAUCAUGGCAGCCAAUCAAAUCCGGGGCCGGGGCUCCACGCGGCGUCAUCUGUAUGGUCCACGGCUAUGGCAAUGACAUCAGCUGGACCUUUCAGGCCACCCCAAUCUUCCUCGCCCAGAACGGAUUCGCCUGCUUCGCCCUCGACCUCCACGGCCACGGCCGCUCCCAAGGCCUCAAAGCCUACGUCCCUAACGUCGACGUCGUCGUCGAUGACGCCCUCUCCUUCUUCGAUUUCGCCAUAGCCCAAGAUCCAAUUUUGGAGAAACCCCCAAAAUUCUUGUACGGAGAGUCCAUGGGCGGGGCCAUCUGCUUGCUGAUGCAUUUCAAGCGGCCGGAGUUUUUCAAAGGCGCGAUCUUGAUGGCGCCCAUGUGCAAGAUCUCGGAGAAGGUGAAGCCCAGGUGGCCGAUUCCGGAGAUCCUGACGGCGGUGGCGAGGUUCGCGCCGACGCUGGCGGUGGUGCCGACGGCGGAUUUGCUUGAGAAAUCGGUGAAGGUGGGGGAGAAGAAGGUGAUCGCGGCGAUGAAUCCGAUGAGGUAUAGAGGGAAGCCGAGAUUGGGGACGGUGGUGGAGCUGAUUAGGGUUACGGAGUACGUGAGUGGGAGAUUGAGGGAUGUGGAGAUUCCGUUUGUGGUGAUGCACGGAGAUGCUGACGUGGUGACGGAUCCGGAGGUGAGCAGGGAGCUGUAUGAAUUGGCGAGGAGUGAGGACAAGAGCAUCAAGAUUUAUGAGGGGAUGAUGCACUCUCUUGUUUUUGGGGAAACUGAUGAGAAUGUUGCGAUUGUUCGUGCUGAUGUUAUUAGGUGGUUGGAGGAGAGAUGUGAUUGAAAACUGAAAUCAUCUCAUAUUUACAUUUCAUUCAUUAUAUUCCAACAAUCUUCAUUCUACUUCUA